CAUGUGCAGCGGGAGGCGACGCCAAGUCCCAGUCCUCUCGUAAGUAGACAGCUCGUUUUUUAGGCGCCUCAACGAUAUUCGUAAGCUGAGAAUGGAGGUAACGGUAACCUCGUGUUUCGCUCCCUCCUCAGGGCCCGCAAUGCGCGGCGUUUGCGCGCCUAUGCCCGCUAUUCACGCAUCUGUCACUAAAUCCGCAGCCUUUUCGCAAGCCUCUACACUAUCACCUUCACAGCGCUCGAUAAAGUCGCGAACUCCCCCCUCGGCGCUAAGCUGCUCGUUACCAUCACAAUCGCGACCGUCACCGCGCCUUCUUACAGUCACGCGCGCCUCCUCCGCUCCGCUUCUCUCCUCCGCGUAUUCCCUCUUUUUUUUCCCCUUUCCCCCGCAUCUUUCCGCCCAAGGCCUGUUUCCCCAGCGCAAUGCCUCCCCCGGCCUUCCGCGCGGACCCCAUCCCCGAGCGCCGCCAGGCCUCCGCCAGCCCCUGGCUCCACGCCCCCGCCGACUCCAAAUAUCCGCCGCUGGGCGCAGCAAGGCCGCCCCGCGGGUGGUUCGGCGGAAGAUCUCCCCCGCGCACAUGCGCCGGCUGCAGAAGCGCCCGGGCGGCAUUCACCGGACGAAUCUGUACCGCCGCGGCCGGCGCGGCGGACGGCAGCUCAGCCAGGACGAGCUGACGUCACGGCUGCUGCAGAGCCCGCAACUGGCGGCGGGAAAUGCGGCGGGCUGGCCGCUGCUUAGCGCGUGUUUGUCGCCGCUGCCCCUGGCGCGCGAAGAUAGGGAAUGGAUCUGGGCGAACGGCGAUGAGAUUAAGGAGGGUCUAGGGCUUUUGAUGGCGGAAGGCGGGGAUGGGUGGGAGGCCGUUGGGCAGGGUUCAGGGUUUUGGGCGGGGGAGGAGGGGGAAGGGGAAGAGGAGGAAUGGGGAUCUGGGGAUGAGUACGAGGAAGAGGAGGAGGAGGGGGAGGAAGAUGGAGAGGAAGAGGAAGAAGAGGAAGAGGGGCUAACUCAAAGAUUCGGUGAAUUGAGUCAAAGAUUCGCGAGCAGAGGUUCGGGGUUUAGGUACGGGAGGGAAGGUGGAGCUGGGGAGAUGGAAGGAGAGGAGGUGAGAGGAGAGGAGGGGGAAGAUUCGUUCAACCCAGCCAGCAAGCUGGACGAGCUGCUGUACCUCUCAUACAUGCACAGGGACCAGCCGGACAAGUCGCGGUUUCUCAAAGUGGCGGGGUCGCGGCUAGCGUUCCUGGGAGGGUUCGUGCUGGAGCUGGCUCUGGCGGAGAUGCUGCUGCAGUGCUACCCCAGAGAACCAGUUGCAUCGCUAAGAGAGCGGGCUAAAGAGCUCGGAAACAAGCGACGCUUCCCUCCGCUGCUCUCUCAAGCUGGCUUGGACCGGCUGGUGUUCCCAGGGGCUCUGCUCAUGCGCGCCCCCUCCAACCUGCGACAGCUGGCUGCCAAGAGCGUCUUCACCUCGCUCAUUGCCUCGGCAUACCUAACACGGGGAAUGCCCGAGGUGUAUCGGCUGCUGUUCGAGGUCUUUGGAUUGGACCCCGACCAUCCUGACAUGCGCCCCAAGAUCGAGCGUGUGCGCGACGAGGAUUUCCUGCAUGCUGAGCUGGACGGCAACCCGCUGACGUGGCGCGACGUGGCGUGCUACCAGUCCCCCCCCGACUCCCUCUUCCCCAACUUUCGUCUCUUCCACGCCUGCGUGCCGCCCGGAAUGUCGCGAUUCCGCGGCUCUGAUUGGAUGCACCGGUCGCUAGAGGCGGCACUGAGGGCGUUGGCCUGGCCGAGACCAGCGGAAGCGGGGAUGUCCCCAGAGGCGAAGCAGAGGAGAAACGAGGACAUGGUUAUGGCGCUGCAGCUAUGUUUCCUGCACCCGUCACUGCAUCGUGCGGAGCACCCUCGCUUCUGCUACGACCGCCUCGAGUACCUCGGGCAGAAGAUCCAGGAUCUGAUCUUAGCGGAGAAUCUCCUCCAAUCGCAUCUCGACGCUCCGAUCCUCUGGCUUGCCGACCGCCACACCAAGCUGCUUCGGAACCGAACCUGCGGCCGGUACCUCCGAGCCUCGGGCCUUCAUGAGCAUGUGGAGCUUUCAGACGAGGUGAAGCAGUAUUUCUACGCGAAUAAAAAGUUUCAGAAUUUAGUUUCGGGGGCGGUGUUCCAGGCUCUUCACGGGGCUGCGUAUAUCGUGUACGGGAAGCCGGAGGUGCGGCGGCUUAUGUUUGGGAUCUUUGAGAUUGACGGUGGCACAAUGCACACCACGUAACGUGGCAGUUGCACACAUUUUACAUAGUUAAUACAUGGAGAUGUAGUACGGUAUUUGUUUUAGUAUGAGUGUUUGGUUGGUUUGGAGGCGUUCUUGCGUCCGUUGUAACAAGAGAAGAGUAUGACU